CCGAUGGAGAUCGCAGACAUACUUCUCUCCCACGGAUGAUUUUCUAAAUAGAAAACAUGGCGUCCACGCGUGCUGCAAUUCGUGCACUACAUCGAAGUAUCAGAUUAACAUCCACACGAAGUUUUCAUACCAUUGGUACCAGGCGAACUGAGAGCUUAAGGGGAAAAUAUGCAGUUGCAACUCAACAUAACUCACUUGGCUUAUCCAAAAACUUCUCUUCAAGUGUAACUGAAAAUGAUGUGGAGGAACAACCCGAGUCUGUUCAUGUCAUCUCAAAUACUGAAACAGUUCAAGGCACUGCUGUAAAACAUGAAUUCCAGGCAGAAACCAGGCAACUUUUAGACAUUGUGGCAAGAUCACUUUAUUCAGAGAAAGAGGUUUUCAUCCGUGAAAUUGUCUCUAAUUCUUCUGACGCGCUGGAGAAGCUUCGACACAUUCAAAUUACCGGCAGUUCCAUAUCUGAUCCUGAACUCCCACUAGAAAUCCAUUUGACCACUGAUGAAGAAAACGGCCUGUUUAUUAUUCAAGACUUCGGUGUUGGUAUGAACAAAGAAGAAUUGAUUGAAAAUCUUGGAACAAUUGCACGGUCUGGAUCCAAAGCUUUUAUUGAACAGGUAAAAGACAGCGAAAGUUCGACCAUGCAGAAUAUUAUUGGCCAGUUCGGUGUUGGCUUUUAUUCCACUUUCAUGGUCGGAUCUAGAAUUGAUGUUUACACGAAGUCACACGAAGUUGGUAGUCAAGGUUACAUGUGGACAUCUGACGGGUCAGGUUCUUACGAGAUUGCUGAAGCAGAUGGUGUGUCACGUGGUACUAAGGUGAUCAUACACUUGAAAGAUGCUGACAAACGAUUUUCCAUGAAGACAACAGUAGAAGACAUUAUUCGUCGAUACAGCAAUUUUGUUGGGUUUCCAAUCUGUUUAAACGGAACAAAACUAAACACAGUGCAAGCUUUGUGGACGCAGUCUGAUAAAGACGUUACCGAGAAUGACCACGAAGAAUUUUAUCAGUUUAUAUCAAACACGUCGGAUUCUCCCCGUUAUUCAUUAAUGUAUAAAGCAGACGCUCCGUUGAACAUUCGCAGUGUCUUGUACGUCCCGUCGAACGUUCCCGAAAUGUUCGGAUUCGGCCGAAUGGAGCUUGGCGUUAGCCUUUACAGCCGGAAGAUUCUAAUCCAAUCUAAAGCACAAAAAAUACUGCCUGAGUGGCUACGUUUCGUGCGUGGUGUUGUUGACAGCGAGGAUAUACCCUUGAACUUAAGUAGAGAGCUGUUACAAGACAGUGCCUUAAUUCAGAAGCUCAGUGAUGUGUUAGUGAGUAAGAUACUCCGAUUUUUCUUGGAGCAGUCGAAGAAAGAUGAGGAGAAAUUUGAUAAGUUCAUGAAAGAGUGCGGGAACUACUUUAGAGAGGGUGUGGUCACAACUCAGUCACCAAGCCGCCAGCAGGAAAUAGCAAAGCUGUUGAGGUUUGAAUCAUCCGCUGAAAGAGCUGGUAAAACGAAAAGUUUAGACGAAUACGUGGCUGGCAUGAAGAAAGAUCAAAAAGAGAUUUACUUCUUGUGUGCACCAAAUCGGUCGUUAGCCGAGUCAUCACCCUAUUAUGAAGCUUUGAAAGCAAAAGAAGUCGAAGUGUUGUUUACGUACGAAGAAAACGAUGAGGUGGUUCUUUCUGCACUUAAAGAGUUCGAGAAGAAGACUAUCGUUUCAGCCGAAAACUAUUUAAUUACGUCUGAAGACACGAAAGAUGAUACUGUUGAAAGUAAAGAAGACCGCCUGCAAGAAUCAGAAGUUAGCGAACUAAUGACGUGGAUCCAAGAGACGCUAGGGAAAACCAAAGUUCAAAACAUCAAAUCCUCGAAUCGUCUGGUAUCUCACCCAGUUAUGGUUACUGUCCCCGAUAUGGGUGCAGCAAGGCGUUGGCUGAAAUUUGUAAAAUCAGGACCAAACGCUGAUCUGCUUAAUAUGAAAUUCGAGGUGUUGCAGCCAACUCUAGAAAUAAAUCCAAGUCAUGAUAUCAUUAAAUCACUUUACAAAUUAAAAUCGACGAAUCCUCUUCUAGCAGACAUUUUGGCUCAACAGUUAUUUGACAAUGCGUUGAUCACAGCUGGGUUGAUGGAUGAUCCAAGAGAAAUGGUCGGAAGAUUGAACACAUUCUUAUCAAAAGUUUUAACACGUUUAAAUAUCGAAGAUGCGAAAAAAAGUCAAUGAGCUUGUUACGUUGAGAAACAUUGAUGUCUUUAGUAUUUUUUUAUGUGACGUACACUCCUUCAUGUUGCUUUUUACGCUUUGUAUACUGGAUGCGAAAACUGAUAUAGAUUUUUUA